AUGCCAGCGACUGAAGUCACGAAACUAGUCUCGAUAUCCCCGUUACCGGAAUACAGCCCAUCAUCUCCUGCUCCGGAGUAUUCAGAUGAACUCCUUUUGGGCGAGGAGAGGCUUGAACAUACUCCUCGACCUGAUAGGUUGCGCCCAACACCCACCGGGGUGUUUGUGAAGAAGGCGGGGAGGACGAGCAUCGUGCUAAACGAGCAAGAGGAUGGUGUCCGCGUUCCUUCGUACGGCCGCCACGCGGUGGUCUCGGGAGCCAUUUGCCUCGAGAACCCAUCGAUCGUUGAGGAAGUCACUGUCAAACUUGAUGGGAGGAUGGACCUUACAAUAUCCGAAGGAGGAUCCAAAUCCCAUAAACUAGUCAACGAGACAUAUACUCUUUGGUCGAGGAAGGAUGCCACUGCCGAACAGCCUAUAUGCCCGUACUCUGUUCCGUUCUCUUUGUUGAUUCCGUCAACGUACGAAGAGGGCGACAAGACGCGACCACUCCCUCCCUCCUUUGACACCGCCUUCCCCGGCGUGCCCGGUCUCUUCGCCAAAUGUAUCUACACUUUGGUAGUUACAAUCGUAAAGAUCCGCCACCGCAAAAUGACUUGGUUGACAAAGAACAAAACGAUUUCCAUCCGCCUCCACUACCAUCCCCGGACACGACCACAUCGUCCCAACGUUUCGAGUCCCUGUCUAUUCUCGUCACUGAAAGUUGCGCCCGAAGAAUGGCAACAGGCAACUGCUCAGAUGCAACCGCGUCCUAGCUCUAGCCUAACACCUAUUGAUUGUCAUCUGAUGGUACCCGCGGCUCAAAUAUUUGGUCUGGAGGAGGCCAUCCCCUUUCACAUCCAACUCACUGGAACGAUCGCGUCACUGCGGGCCUUCCUCCCUCAAUCAACGGAAGUCUAUCCGCUGUCACCCAUCGACACUACUUCAACCGUCGAUACAUCCGCUACCCUAGUACACUCCCCCCUUUCAUUGUCUUCGCUCCCGCCCACGGCCGUUUCCGUUUGCCCGUCAUCCUCCUCCCUCAAACCCCAAAAGCACCGGCUUUCACGUUCUUCUUCCUAUACGCCCCCAACCCCCAAGCCAGUCAUACGUGUGUUCCUACUCCGCCAAAUAUCCGUUCAAGUGCGCGGGCAGAAGGCGUGGAGAAACUGCACUCUUGGAGAAGGCAAGAUAUGGCCGCUUCCUCCACCAGCAGGAAGCAUGGACUGCUUGGUUCCUGAAAGAGAGGAAGCCAACCUGGAUUGGGAAGGAGAGGUUAGGUGCAACCGCAACACCAUGGUUGGCGGGUUUAACGCUGGGCAGCUCGCGGUGAAGGACUUCAUCGUUCUUGCACUUACACCCCCAGAUCCACAUUCCUCACCUCUGCUCGAAUUCCAGUAUGCUCAUCCUAUACGUUUCGUCACUGAUCCAUGGACGGACCUCACUGGACACGAGCUCGACCAGUUAACUUCGCGGUAG